AUGGAAGUGGCAGAGAAAAAGGUGACGACGAAACGUCGUUCACUGUUUGCAAGACUGGGAGAUAGGAAAAUGUACUCAGCCGUGCUACUAACCAGUAGACUAAUAUUCGCAGUGUGUCAGCUGUCAGUAGCGCUGGACACAUGGAGCACAUUUAAAAAAUUAUCGCGAGUGCCGGCGGAAGGGAACUACGACAUGUCCCUGAAGACGCUGCUGAACUACAAGGGGGACCUGGACUGGGUACCCAAAAUCACUAGGAAGAUGUAUAUGCACGAGACUUACGGGGCGAACAGACUGUUUAACCUGUACCUGAUCAGACUUUCGCACUACUUCCACAGACGCAUAACGAGCUUCCUGCUCUACUUCGCAAUAACAGUCUUCCUGCUGCUGAUCGUGCUCUCUGCGUUCGACCUGUUCGUGAUGUUUCAGAGCAAAACGAGGAGGGAAAGAAUGAGAACUGCGCUGGUAUUCACGAGGACGAUGCUGUACUCGGCGCUGUUCGGAGUUGUGCUCUCCCAAUUCAUCUUCAUCCUGUACUAUAGAACGUCGCUGUGCUCGAUGGAGACGAUGCACCCGGAGCUCUUCGUUAAGCCGACAGAUAACACGGUGAGGCUGGAGUUCCUGCAGGCGGGGACGUGCAAGAUGACGCAGAGGUUCAGCGCGACCUUCCUGAUGUCGUUCCUGACGCUGGUGCCGGACGCGUUCCUGGUCAUCGUUUCCAUCAUACCGGCGCUGCGAAUCCACUCGGUGGUCAACGGGCUCAAGUACUUCGUGGCCAUCUUCUUCUUCAUCUCGGCCUUCCUGGUGAUGGACUUCAGAAGCUACCUCGCAGUGGGCACGGACCCGUACGUGCUCGACUUCGGAAUACACCGCUUCAACGAGGAGGCGGUGGCGUCUGGAAGAGCCGGCGAGGCGAUCAAGCUGUUCCACCAGCAGAAGUCAUUCAAAAUGUUCAGCGUUAAGGACUCGAUAACGCUGCAGGUGGGCAGGGCGCUCAAGGACUACGUGAAAGGCCGCUCGAGGCCAGUGGACGCUAAGUUCCAAGUGACGCAGGAGCUGGACCGCACGCAGAACCUGAUCGCGCAUUUUAACUACGCAAAACAAAUAUACGCGCAGUGGGACCACUCGAGCAGGUUCUACUCGUACUUCGGAGUCUACGCGACCUUCCUGUCGCUGGUGGACGCGCUCUCGGGGACGGUAAUGGUGAUAAAGAGGCACAGGUUCCUGGUGCCGCUCAUAGCGAUACUGAACUUUAUCUACGCGUUCACGAACAUCGUGCACUGCAUCCUGGUACAGUUCCCCUUCAUCCAGGCGCGCUUCUUCUGCAGAAUUAAGCUGUACACGCCGGACGAAGGAGGGAUCAUGUUCGAGACGCUGGCGAUAUCGGACCUGAUGUGCAAGAUCAAGGACGUGUACAUCAUCUGCUUCACGCUGAUCAUCCUGCUGGUGGUGCUGGCACUGAUCAACGUGGCGAACUUAUACUUUUUGCGAAAACGUAAGUAA